AUGAUCUCGUACACGAUCCAAGAAUGGUAUACCCCGGCCGAGGUGGCCAUCCACAACCGAGCAACCGAUUGCUGGGUGUCCCUAAACGGGAAGGUCUUCGAUCUAUCUGAUUGGUUGGAGCAACAGUUCAAGUUGUGCAAAUGUACUAAAUCGUGCUCAUGCCGUGUCAAAUCUUGGUUCUGCGAAGACACUUGCGUCGAGCUGUGCGAAUGUUUCAAAAGAGGAUUCCCUUACUGUGACGCGAAGAGGUUAGCCAUGACCAUCGUGGCUUACGCCGGCAAGGACGUGAGCCACUGGUUCAAAGGUGAAGACUGGGUUACCUACAUGCACCCUGUCACUAUGUUGUCAACUACGUUCCAACUGCACGGGCACGGCGCCCGGCAGCCCGUGGUACCUUCCACGAAGUGGCGGCCACUAGAGAAACCGUGGUGGCUUAACGAAAGUUACGUCAUUGGGAAGGUUACGGCGAGAACUAGGCCUAUACGAAUCACAAAUACACUGACAGGUAAAGGUUUGAUAGGAAUUCAAUGCUACUUGGAAAACAACUAG